GCCCGGAUGCUGCCGGGCGCCGGAAGAGAAGCGCGUCUCGUCGGGGCCGGCCAUCUUGUGCGGCAGCGAGCAGGGCGCGGGGCCCGGCAGCAUCGCAGCAGGAUCCCGCCGACGGGGGCCCAUCAUGCCCGGACACCUGCAGGAGGGCUUCGGCUGCGUCGUCACCAACCGCUUCGACCAGCUCUUCGAUGACGAGUCCGACCCCUUCGAGGUGCUGCGGGCGGCCGAGGACCGGCGGAAAGAGAGCGGCGGCGGCGGCGGGGGCCAAGGGGGCGGCGGGGCCCGCGGCGCCGGCCAGGCGGGGGCCGGCGGGGGUGCCGGCAGCGCGGCCAAGCAGCUGCGCCGGGAGUCGCAGAAGGAGCGCAAGAACCCGCUGCCCCCCUUCGCCGCCUCCGCCGGGGGCGCCGCCGACCGCCGCGAGGAGGGCACCGGGCAGCCCGGAGCGCCGCCGCUGCGCAAGGAGGGGAGCAUGCGGGUCGGCCAGCAACAGCAGCAGCAGCAGCAGGGUGAAGGCAAGCCCAUCGAAAGGAGACCGGAGCGGCGACCUCCUCGCGAGCGCCGAUUCGAUAAACCUGCUGAUGAGAAAGGCGAAGGAGGAGAAUUUUCCGUUGAUAAACCCAUUCUUGACCGACCUAUGCGUGGACGUGGUGGACUUGGAAGAGGACGUGGCCGUGGCCGUGGCAUGGGCAGAGGAGAUGGGUUUGACUCUCGUGGCAAACGUGAAUUUGACAGACAUAGUGGCAGCGAUAGAUCUUCUGUUUCACAUUCACAUUUCAGCGGCCUGAAGCAUGAGGACAAGCGUGGUGGCAGUGGAUCACACAACUGGGGAACCGUCAAAGAUGAGCUAACCGAGUUGGAUCAGUCGGCUGUAACUGAGGAAACGCCAGAGGGAGAGGAACAUCCGCCUGCUGACUCUGAAAAUAAGGAGAAUGAGGUUGAAGAAGUUAAGGAGGAAGGUCCAAAGGAAAUGACCCUGGACGAAUGGAAAGCUAUUCAAAGUAAGGAUCGUGCAAAAGUUGAGUUCAACAUCCGUAAACCAAAUGAGGGUGCUGAUGGGCAAUGGAAAAAAGGAUUUGUUCUUCACAAGUCAAAGAGCGAGGAGGCCCAUGCUGAGGACUCCGUAAUGGAUCAUCACUUCCGUAAGCCCGCGAACGACAUCACGUCCCAGCUGGAGAUCAACUUUGGAGACCUUGGCCGCCCCGGCGGUGGCCGAGGGGGACGGGGUGGCCGAGGGCGUGGUGGCAGGGCCAGCCGCGGAGGCAGGACUGACAAGUCGAGUGCUUCUGCUCCUGAUGUGGAUGACCCAGAGGCUUUCCCAGCUCUGUCCUAAACUGGAUGUCAUAAGCCAACCCUGCCCUCGUCGGGCCUUCCUCUCCGAGGCUUGCAUGCUUAAGGAUCCUAAACAACUAAGAAAUUUAAAAAAAAAAAAAAAGAAAAAAAAAGAAAAAAAGGAGACUGUCAUUCAUACCAUUCACACCUAAAGACUGAAUUUUAUCUGUUUUGAAAAUGAACUUCUCUCGCUACACAGAAGCAACAAUAUGGUAGUCAGUUUUGUAUUUAGAAAUGUAAUGGUAGCAGGGAUGUUUUCAUAAUUUUUUCAGAGAUUAUGCAUUCUUCAUGGAUACUUUUUUGUAUUGCUGCUUGAAAAUAUGCGUUUCCAAACUUGAAAUAUAGGUGUGAACAGUGUGUACCAGUUAAAAGCUUUCACUUCAUUUGUGUUUUUAAUUCAGGAUUUUAGACGUUUUCCCCAAACUGCAAACUGGUUUUAAUUAUUGCACACUAUUUCUGUUUCCUUAAUUCCUGUUCAGCGGGUUUUUACCAGCCCAUGGUCUUUUGGAACACACGAUCCUUUAAUUUGGCAGACGUUAGUGCUGUACGGAAUACUAACUCCUGGAGUACUUUAGUUUUAAGCUUAAUUUCAAACGUGGAGAAACAGUCAUUUUUCGUCUGUUCAGUAGUUUGUUUACGCAAAAUCUUUAUACAAAAUUGAUACCAGAUACUUGAAAAAUACUCAAAGCACAUUGGUUUAUAGUUGCAUACCUGUGUAUUGAUCCAGCAAUGAUGUGUGGAUAAUUGGUCUAAACAGUUUUUUAAAGUUAAUGUAUUACACCUUUCACUCACCCUUUUUACCUUUAUUCCCUCCUUCUUGUCCCUUCAACAGAACAAGAUGCUUUGUUGGCAAAAAGAAAAGAAGUUUUUAAAUUA